AUGUUAUAUCUUGUAGUAACAGUUACUGAAGGUAUUAAAUGUAUACUACCUGAGCGAAUAAUCACAAUUAUAGAAAAUACACAGUUUUCAGAAUUAUAUGAAAUAUUUACCUCUGGACAAUUUAAUAAUCAAGGUAUUGUAGUUUAUAUUUGUCAAAAUAAGGUUGACAAAUGGGUAGAAGUAAGUGACAGUUUAAAUAGUGAUCUUAAAAUUAUGGAAGUCUUAGAAUAUAAUCAUGUAAAAUUUUUGCUUCUUACAGAAUCU